AUAAACAUAAUAGUAUAAUAUAUUUUGUUAUAUUAUUAUAGUUCUAUCGCCGAAAGCGCGUACUGUACACAGUUUGUUGUCACGCUGUCGUACAGACGGUCAGCUGUUUGUGCGGCGCCGUUCAGAAAAAUCGAACUUUCACCGACAGAGCACUAUACUAAACAUAUUAUAUAGUUUGCGUUCCACAUUGGACAUCAUGAACGCGGUUAAAAGCGGCAACAACGUUUUUGCGCUAUGCGUUUCGCUUCUGAUCUCUUUGAUAUUGUGUCCUGGUGCAGUUUUCGCAGUGUACCACAAUAAUUAUUAUCCUGCAGUUGUACACCACGGACACGCGGGAAAUAAAUCCGAUUCGAACACUUUGAGACUGGUCCACGCGGUGUUUAGGCACGGACAACGGACGCCGGCCGACACGUACCCCCUGGACCCGUACACAAAUUCGUCGUGGGAGCCAUUCGGGUGGGGCCAACUGACCAAUAAUGGUAAACGAAAACAAUACGAGCUCGGAAAAUUUAUCAGAAAGCGUUAUUCUGGAUUCUUGGAUGUUCUGUACUCUUCGAAAAAAGUCACGUUUAGGAGUACUGACGUGGACAGAACCAUAAUGAGCGCUCAGCUAGUCGCGUCUGCCAUGUACAAGCCAGUUGGUGUACAGCAAUGGAAUAGAUAUUUAGAAUGGCAACCCGUUCCGAUACAUUCAGAACCUCUGAAUGACGACCGAUUGUUGUUAGUGCGAAUAGACUGUCCCAGGUACCACGAAGAAAGACAAAAAAUAAUGAAUUCCACCGAAGUCCUCGAAGAGCUAAACACUUAUAGUGAUCUUUAUAGUUAUCUGUCCAACCACACUGGACUGACCAUUCGAGAUCCCGACGAUGUACAGUCGAUUUAUAGUACAUUAAAAGCUGAGUUGGACUACGGAGUUGCCCUUCCAAGUUGGACGGCCAAAGUAUAUCCAAUGAAAUUGGCCAAAGUGACAUCUAGAAGUUUCAUACUAAAUGCGUACAAUGAUGAAAUGAAAAAGCUCAAAGGAGGUCCGUUAUUAAAACAAAUACUGGAAAAUAGUAAAAAUAAAAUAAGCAAACAGUCCACACAUCAGUUGUAUGCCUACGCCGGUCACGAUUCAACUGUAUCCAAUCUUUUGAUUGCCUUAGGUGUAUGGGAUGAGCAGAUUCCCACGUAUAAUAUGUUGGCAUUACUAGAGCUACACGAAUCGAAGAAAGGAAAUUUCUACUUAAAGGUGUUUUUGCGCAACGAAUCAUCGACAGAACCUUAUCGUUUACAAAUACCUAAUUGUAAAGAAGAUUCGUGUACUCUGGAACACAUUUCGAACUUGACUGCGAACGUGAUACCGUUGAAUUUGAAUGAAGAAUGCAAGACUGAUAAUCCCGAAUUUUCGAAUUUAACAUUUAUUGUUAAAGGCCCAUAAAAUUAUCUUUAGAGAUGGAUUAACGGAUAAGAUUGCCCACUCUUAUACAGUUAUAUUUGUAUCAUUAGAUAUAUUUGAUUGGUAUUACCGGAUAUACGAUUAAUAUGUGAUUACUUUUUUAUUUAUUUAAUUUACACAACGAUUUAAUUUAUUUUCAUUUUUCAAGAAAAGCAAUGAAUACGUUUAUACGUGAGCCUCCUAUUUUUCCAUUCAACAAUGUUAUUUUAAUUCUGCCUGAGUUGUAUUACUGUCUGUGUAUGAAAUGAUCUCAAUUUCAUAAUUUUUAUAUUAAAAAAAAAUAUAUAUUUUAA